GGUGAGUUCCUAUGUUUUAAAAUGCUAAAAAACCGACUGAAAAUCACUCGAGUACUAGCUUGUUCCUUUGUGAUACCAGGUGGCGCAUAGAAGUUUCCGUAUUUGUUGUCAUAUUUUUUUGUAAUAAUAUUUAUAACAGAGUGUAAAUUUAUUUACUUUUUCGAAUGUUUAUAGUCGAUAAAUUAUUACUGAUUUUUAAUCAACGAUUUUUCUGUAAUUUUUUUCUUUUCUCUAAGUGAAAGAGAGAAUAAAUUCAUUCGUUUCUUCAAAGCGCAGGUAAAUAUUUUUAUUUUGUUAAAUUUGCUUUAAAUCUUUAUUAUAUCAGGAUUACGACAUAAUCAUCAUAUUUCAAAAAAGGGAUUAAAAUUUAAAAAAUUAAGUGAUGAUCCACAUAUAAGAUAAGAAUAUGGAUUCUAAUAAUUUAAAAGACGACUCAAAUGAUGAUAAACAAGUCGUAGACGUAAUGUCCGAAAAUUCGACAAUUACAAAAACGGAGCAAGAUAAUUCGGAAUCAACAAAUCAUGAAACCGUUAAUUCUUCCUCACCCGAACAAAGUACAACGAAAAGAAAUAAAUCAAAAGUUUUAGGUAAAAUUAAUGGAGACAGUGGAAUUUCCAUGGAAAAAUCGGAUGAAAGUUCAGAUGAAGAUUCAAGUAAACGGCAAAAAUUGUCUGAAACACAAAUUGAUUCAGAAGUUGCCGAAUGUUCGGCUUCAAAAAGUGAUAUUUCAUUCCGUAAAUUAAAAUUCGAUGUUCGAAAACGUUAUUAUCGAAAUAAAAAUAAUACCGAACCUGACGAUGAAAUUGGUGAAGCGUCAGGAACGCAAAAAUUAAAUAACGAAAACGAAGAAACAACAAAAAGCGACAAUGAUGAUGAUGAUUCAAUACAAGAUCUUGAUGACAUGGCGGAGGGAGAUGACUAUCAAGAGAGAAGCCACCCAUUAUCGGAACGAGGAACUAGUCCAAUCAUAGUAGAUAACAGAGAAGAAGGCGCUGACGAUUCAAACGAAUGGACAACAGCCAGUGAAGAUGAGUUGGACAUCGCUGCAUCUAUUAUGGAAAAAGAAGCACCAAAAUCCAAAUUCUUUGUAAUACAGGAAUUAAUUAGUCGUCAAAUUGGCAGAAAUCCAGAAUUUUCUAACAAAUUAUAUGGUUCACUUUGUUCUGUACAGCGAUUACAAUUGAAAUGUAGCUUAAAUGAACAUCAGGGUUGUGUCAAUUCUUUGGAUUUCAAUCAUAAGGGAAAUCUUUUAGCAAGUGCCUCGGAUGAUUUAACUAUUAACAUUUGGGAUUGGGCCACCGAAAGGAAACAAGCUACAUUUCACACUGGCCACAAAAUUUUGCAGGCAAAAUGGAUGCCUUUGGAUUGUGAAAAUUUAAUGGUCACAGCUGCUCACGAUGGGCAAGUUCGAUUACUCGAACUUCCGGUAGGUAAAUCGCGUAGAAUAGGAUCACAUCAGGGAUCAGUUCAUAAAAUUGCCAUUCAUAAGGAAUCACCGCACGUUGUUCUUUCAUGUGGCGAAGAUGGAAAAAUACUCUCAAUUGAUAUUCGUGAAUCGAAACCACAGAGAUUAGCGAUAUUAAAUGAAGAAACGGAUGUUAUUCAAUUAUACAGUAUUGAUUGUCAUCCAUUGAACAGUAAUGAAUUUUGUGUCGGAGGGGGAAUUCAAUCUGUUCAUGUUUACGACAAGAGAAAAGUUUCUUCACCUUUGUACAAAUAUUGUCCUAGUCACUUGACUCAAAAUAAACUUCCUCACGUUACAUGUGCUUUGUAUAACUAUAAUGGAACGGAAAUUCUUGCCUCUUAUAGUGAUGAGGAUAUUUAUCUUUUUGAUACAUUAUAUCCACAUCCAUCUGGAGAUUUUGCACAUAGAUAUCAGGGUCACAGAAAUAAUGCUAUUGUGAAAGGCGUCAAUUUCUUUGGACCCAAGAGUGAAUUUAUUGUAUCCGGUUCAGAUUGUGGAAAUUUUUUCAUUUGGGAUAAAGAUUCAGAAGCGAUUGUUCAAUGGUUAGAUGGAAACUAUCAAGGAGUGCACAGUGGGCCAGAAGUAAAAUGCUUAGAAUCACAUCCGUCUGUUCCUGUUUUGGCAACAAGUGGAUCAGAUUGCGAUGUAAGAGUGUGGGAAUCUUCUAGUAUUGAAACGCCUACUAUGAAGAAUUUACAAGGAUGUGUCAAAUUAAAUCUCAAGAAUCGGGCAGAUGACUUGCGUGAAGAACCAGAUGCUUAUGAUGGACGAAUGUUGUGGAUUCUUUCAAGGCGUAUUCGUCUGUCGGGGAGAUUUAUGAAUUUAAGUAGAGCUUUUAGAAGAAGAAGGCAUAUUUUGCCUCGAGGAGGCGAUGAGGAUCUUCGUGAAUCAUCGAGUGAUAACAAUUCGUCUGAUGAUGAGGAAUCAGCAACAAGACCCCAGUGUUCUCCUUCUUAAAUUUUGUUUUGCAUUUUUUCGAUUAAGUUGAAAGAUAAUAGAAGGAGAAAAGGAGAGAGUGGAUAAAAAAUAAUAUAAUUGGAGAGAAAUAACAAAAGAAGAUAUAAUUCAUCAUAUUGUCAUCAUCACAUUUAUUUAUAUGAAAAUCAGAAUGCAGUUUGUAGUCCCAUAAAAUAUUUCUUUAGAAAUUCAUUUUCAUUUUUCUCGAUAAAUAAUUUAGUGGUUUUUUACAAAAAGAAACUACGUUUGUAAAUAUUACUAAUUACAAUUUUCUAAUAGUUUAAUAAUUAAUAUUGCAAAAAGAAAAAACCUGUACAUAUUGCACCGAAAACUUAUGCGGUUACAUCGUAAUUUUUAAAAUUGGAGUAAAGUUAGCAUCGAAUUAAUUAAAAUAGUAAAGUAAUAGAAAAAAAGUAAAAUUUAUUGAAAUUGUAAAAUAAUAAAAUAAUUGAAAGUCGUAAUUUUAUAAAUUGCAAUUAUUAAAUAUAUUUAAUUUAUGUCAGCUCAUAUACUUAGUAAUUUUUUUUUUUUUAUUGAAACAGGAAAUGUAACUGCAUAAGUUAAUUUUAAUUAACAAAUGUAAAAUCAUAUUUACAAUUGUGAAUAUCUUUUUAUUUAUGUCUAAAUUUAUCUUAAUUGUGUCUUAAUUUCCUUUCAAAAUGUUUAUAUUUUCUUAAAAUGUUUAUUUUUAUUAGUCAAGAAAAUUUUUACUAAAUAAUUUCGUCGAUUUUUUGUGCUGUGCAUCGUAUAUGCUAAGCAAAAGACUGAAUCAAGGUGAUUAGAUAUAUAUAGAUAUAUGUAUAUUAUAUUAUAAUAAAUUAAUAAUUCAUCUAGUAAAUAAAAUUAAAUUAUCGUAAAUUCAA